AUGUAUUCCGACAAUGGCACCACUUUCGUCGGUGCAGACAGGGAGCUAAGUCGAGCCUAUCAUGACGCCGUUACAGACCCUAACUUUUUAAACAAAACCGCCGCUGACCAAAUUACAUGGAAGUUUAUCCCCCCUCACGCUCCCCAUUUCGGGAGAUUGUGGGAGGCCGGCGUUCACAGUGUCAAGCACCACUUGCGACGAGUGCUCAGCGCUCACACGCUCACGGCGGAAGAAUUCACCACUCUUCUCUGUAGGAUCGAGGUGUGUCUCAACUCCCGACCAAUCGGCCCGUUGACUGAUACUCUCGAUAGUUGCGAGCCGCUUACCCCGGCUCAUUUCUUAAUUGGCGCAUCUCUCACUCUCCCUCCCGAGCCUUCGUUGCUGACUGUCGCCGAAAGUCGAUUGUCACAAUGGCAGCUUCUGCGGCAGAUUACGGAGCGGUUCUGGCAGAAAUGGCAGGCAGAUUACGUGAACACUCUGCAACAACGAGGCAAAUGGCAAAUUGCCCGCGACUCCUUGAAAAUCGGCACACUGGUUUUAGUAAAAAACCCACUUCUACCUCCGUAUAAGUGGGAGAUGAGGCGCAUCACGCAAUGUCAUCCCGGUUUAGACGACUUGGUACGCGUUGUCUCCGUUCGAACGGCCGAAUCGGAAUACCAACGACCUAUUACGAAAGUGUGCGUCCUUCCGGUCGAGAUCGAUGCGCCUCCCGCCAUUAUUUCAGCCUGA